AUGUCAGCAACAGUGCCCUUGGGCCAGUAUCUCUUUAGGAGAAUCAAGGACUUGGGAACCGAACAUAUACUUGGGGUCCCCGGUGACUUCAACCUCACUCUUCUUGACGAGAUCUACAAUGUCCCUGGCUUGAGGUGGGUGGGCUGCUGCAACGAACUCAAUGCCGCCUACGCCGCCGAUGGCUACGCCCGAAUCAAAGGGUCUCCAGCCGUGCUUGUGACGACUUACGCCGUGGGAGAAUUGUCAGCCAUGAACGGGGUUGCAGGUGCUUAUGCUGAGCAUGCUGGAAUGAUCCACAUUGUAGGCAUGCCAGCAAGGAUGCUCCAGAAGGCCCGCGCGAUGUUGCACCAUACCAUGGAGCCAAACAUGGAUCCUGCUGUUUACAUUCGGAUGGCUGCCCCUAUCCGGAAGACCUAUGCAUAUUUGAUGGACGACAAGACCAUGGCAGAAGAAAUAGACCGCGUCAUUGUGGCUUGUGUCCAGAGCAGACUCCCUGCUUAUAUCUAUGUGCCUGCUGAUGUCGUGUCUGUCCCCUUGGAUGCAAAACGGCUCGACACCCCUUUGGACACAGCAGUUCGCAAUUCCAACAGCGGCAUCGAGGAUCACAUCAUCAGCUUGGUUCUUUCGGAAAUAGAAAAAGCCUCUCACCCCGUGAUUCUGGCGGAUGUCCUAACCAUACGCCACGGGGGGCUAGAGUUGACGAGAAAGCUGGCAGAAAUCACGCAGUUCCCAAGCUACUCUACACCACUAUCCAAAGGUAUCAUUGACGAAAACGCACCCUACUAUAACGGUGUGUAUAAUGGCAAAGUGUCAUUUCCGGGAGUCGCAGAAGGAGUCGAAAGCUCCGAUCUGGUCUUGAAUCUCGGUCCUUUACUGUCGGACUCCAACACAGGAGGGUUCACACGGACGAUCAGAGACGAGAACCUAAUCUAUCUUGGUCACGCUUACUGUCAAGUUAAGGGGGAGAAGUUUGAUGGCGUCCAUUUCCUGCCCAUCCUGAAACGAAUUGUUGGGGAGCUGGAAUCACAGUCCCAAAAUUACAACGUCCCUCGUCCUCAGCAAAAGCCGCGUCUCGAGCCUCCCGUGCUGAGCAAAGCUAGUUCGGGAGAGAUCAGACAGUCAUACAUCUGGCAACGACUGGGCCGGUUCUUCAAAGAAAAUGAUAUCAUCCUGACGGAAUCGGGGACCGCGCAGUUCGGGGCACCUGACGCCACGUUCCCGCCGAACGCGAAGUACAUUACGCAGAUCUUCUGGUCAUCCAUCGGGUAUACAGUCGGGGCCUGUCUCGGGGCACUCGUUGCUGCCAAAGAGUUGCGCCAUCCGGGACGCGUGAUCCUCAUUGUCGGCGAAGGAAGCCUACAGAUGACAGUCCAAGAGAUUGGGACCUAUAUUCGAUAUGGGUUCAAGCCCAUCAUCUUUGUGGUCAACAACAAAGGCUACUCCAUUGAACGAGCCAUCCACGGACCCGAGCAGGAGUACAAUGACGUGAGCUUGAUUUGGGAUUACCAGAAGAUGCUCGAAUUCUUUGGCGCUAGACAAGACAAGGGAGGCAGGGCAAAGAGCCAAGCCGCAAAGACAAUAGAAGAACUUGAAGCGGUGUUGAAUGAUGAGGACUUUGGGAAUGGUGACAGUAUCCAGCUUUGUGAAAUCCACAUGGACAAAUUCGAUUACCCUUGGAGACUGAGCACGCAGGUUGACAUUACACGAGAACGGAUGAAGAAGGCUACCUCUUCCUCGUCGUAA